AUGGGCAUAUCAACUAACCUGCAGCAGGUGCUGGUGACGGGUGUAUUCACGUGCUUCAUCUAUGUUAUUUCUCAAGUGGUCUACAAUGUGUUCAUCCACCCUUUGAGCCGCUUCCCGGGGCCAGUGGAACACAAAAUAACCCGACUGGCAUAUGCGUGGAAAGCUGCGCGAGGAACUCUCCCCUUUGAUAUGCUGGAAAUGCACAAAAAGUACGGUGACAUCGUUCGCAUUGCGCCGGAUGAACUGGCCUUCUCGCAUCCAGAUGCUUGGCAAGAAAUCAUGGGCCACAAAAAAGGACAGCAUGAAUUCACCAAGGCGAACUGGUUCUACCGACCGGUGGAAGAGCAGCCAACGCAUGUGGUCAACGCGACAAGAGAGGAACACGGUCGUCUCAGACGACAGCUGGCGCACGGAUUCUCAGAGAAAGCAAUGAGAGACCAGGAGCCGCUGAUUCGCGGGUAUGUAGAUCUGCUACUUGAGCGAUUGACUGGAUUCUGCGCUUCUGGUAGUCCGGUGGCUAUUUCGGACUGGUACAACUUCACGACUUUCGAUAUUAUCGGGGACUUGGCUUUUGGUGAGCCGUUCGGCUGUUUGCAGGGCUCUGAUUUGGAUGGCUGGAUUAAAGGGAUUUUCGAUGCUGGCCGGCUGGGCAUUCUGUUGCAGACUUUGUCUUUCUACCCGGUUUUAAAGCGCGCAUUGCUUUCGAUGGCACCUGCUUCAAUGAAAGAAGCACAUGAGAAGCAUAGGCGAUUGACACAGCAGAAGAUGGAGCGUCGAAUGGAGAAGGAAGAGGGUCGUCCGGACUUGAUUGAGGGGCUUUUGAGAAAGAGAGACGAGCUGAGCUUGACCCUUGAUGAACUCAUCUCCAACGCCGAGAUUCUCAUCAUCGGUGGAUCAGAGACAACAGCCUCAUUGUUGAGUGGAGUCACCUACCUCCUCCUCGCCAAUCCUCAUACCCACGCUAAGCUGAAGGAGGAAGUACGGUCUGCAUUCCAAAGCCAAGAGGAGAUCAACCUGAUCUCUGUCAACAAGCUAUCCUACAUGCUUGCAUGUCUCGACGAGGCAAUGCGCAUGUACCCACCCAUCGCCAACGGACUGCCUCGCCUCUGUCCCGAAAGCGGUGCUACAAUAAUGGGCGAAUACGUACCGCCAAAUACAUUUGUAUCAGUGCACCACUGGGCGCUUUACCGACGGGAAGAGUAUUUCAAAGAUCCCAAUACCUUCCACCCGGAAAGAUUUCUAGGUGAUCAAUCAUUUGCGGAUGACCGACGAGAAGUCUUACAGCCAUUCCAUGUUGGACCCCGAAAUUGUCUUGGGAGAAAUCUUGCAUAUAGUGAGAUGCGUUUAAUUUUGGCCCUGAUAAUCUUCACCUUCGAUGUCACGAUCGAGGAUGAAGCUCAGGAUUGGAUUAACCAGCGCAACUUCAUCAUGUGGGAGAAGGGGCCUUUGAAGGUUCGUCUAAAUCGAGUCUCAGCUCUACAUUAA